GCCCACUGUCGCCAUCUUGAAAUUGUCCCGACUAGAGGAGACGCGGAGGAGACAGGCUUCGGGAAAAUUUGGCUUGUCCAAACUCAAUAGUUUCGAUAUCUAGCGAACUAACUCAAACUUUGUUGAUUAUUCAUCCCAUUUGGUGAACUUAACGUUUGUUCAACACAAACGUUUUGGCAGUGGAGGGGUUGCUGGCCCGCUUCGAGGACGGCAUAAAGUGGGUGAGGGAGCUUCGUACUCGUUUGUCUCCUCGCAGGAGCGAACGGAGGCUCUGGUUGUGGCCGCCGCAGGACUCGGUGAAAGACGAAACUGGGACAACUAUAUGGAAUAUAACAGCACCAUUUAAGUCUUAGACGUGCAGUUUUAAAAAUAAGUCAGAAUAAAUACUAAUUUAACGUCGUUUUCACAGUUUUAUUGCUAUGCGACGUAGCUCGCCGUGGAGAAGUUUAAUUGGAGAGCGGAGUGCGCUCGAUUUUUUGUCGGAUGGAUGUUCGCCCUCUCCGGCUGUGGCUGUGCUGCUUUGAAAAUACCAGGCUUAAAUCCAACAAACACUGUUGAAGGUGUAUGUUUAUAACAAUGCUGCAGAUCUGGUAUGUACACGGCAGCUCUGGCUUGAAAACCAACCAGCCGCCCCCCUCCAGCGCUCGCGUUUAAAAACCAACCUGGAAAUACCAGCAGCCAUCUACUCUUCAUCUUUCUCCUCCUUGUUUUUUCCUGGACUAGUGAGGCUCGCAUACCUCAUAUAUUCUGGUUUAAAUCAUCUCCAGCGCUCGGAGGAUGCCAUUUUCGCAUAGACUUUGUGCACUGGAGCAGCAGGGAAAUUAAUUUGACUCAUAUUUAUUAUUUAAUUUCCCAGUAUUUUCCAAAUAUUCUCUUUAUUCCGAGGAUCAUAUUCGAAUGGAAAAUGGGAGACGCAACCAAACUGGCCUUCGCCGUUUUCCUCAUCUCCUGCUCUUCAGGUGCCAUCCUAGGACGCUCAGAGACCCAAGAGUGCGCCUACUACAACUCCAGCUGGGAGAAAGAGCGCACCAAUCGCAGCGGCAUCGAACCCUGCUAUGGUGAAAAGGACAAACGGAGGCACUGCUUCGCCACGUGGAAGAAUGUCUCUGGCACUGUGGAGGUGGUCAAGCAAGGAUGUUGGCUGGAUGAUGUCAACUGUUACGACAGUAACAAGUGUGUGGAGAGGAAGCUGAGUCCUGAUGUUUUCUUCUGCUGCUGCGAAGGCAACAUGUGCAACCAAAAGUUCCUGUACGCCCCUGAAGCACAGACUGACCCCCACCAUACAACUGCUUACACAACUUCAAACCCAUUUUCCCCAAAGCCCCAGCUUUUCAGCACUCUACUUUACUCACUGGUUCCAAUCAUUGGCCUGGCUGCUGUUGUCCUCUUCUCUUUUUGGAUGUGGAGGCAUCACAAACUGGCUUACCCAGCUGCCCUGGUUCCUACACAUGAUCCUGGCCCAACACCUCCAUCCCCCCUUUUGGGACAAAAACCAUUGCAGCUGAUUGAGGUAAAAGCCAGGGGGCGCUUCGGGUGUGUCUGGAAGGCCCAACUUCUUAACGAUUAUGUGGCAGUCAAGAUCUUCCCGAUUCAGGACAAGCUGUCCUGGCAGAACGAAUAUGAGAUGUACAGUGUGACUGGCAUGAAGCACGAAAACAUCCUUCACUUCAUCGGCGUGGAGAAGAGAAACAAUAACCUGGACCUGGAGCUGUGGCUCAUUACUACCUACCAUGAAAAGGGUUCCCUGACCGACUACUUAAAGGCCAAUGUGGUGUCCUGGAAUGAGCUCUGCCACAUUAGCCAGUCAGCGGCCCGUGGUCUGGCAUAUCUCCAUGAAGACAUCCCAGGACACAAGGACGGACACAAACCCUCAAUCGCCCACCGGGACAUUAAGAGUAAGAAUGUGCUGCUGAAGAAUAACCUGACAGCCUGCAUCGCUGACUUUGGCCUUGCCCUGAAGUUUGAAGCUGGAAAGUCAGCAGGAGACACACACGGACAGGUGGGAACGCGGCGCUACAUGGCUCCUGAAGUCCUGGAAGGUGCUGUCAACUUUCAGCGUGACUCUUUCCUGCGCAUUGACAUGUACGCUUUUGGCCUUGUCCUUUGGGAGCUUGCUGCAAGGUGUACUGCUGCUGACGGCCCCGUUGAUGAAUACAUGCUUCCCUUUGAGGAGGAAGUGGGUCAGCAUCCAUCGCUAGAGGACAUGCAGGAGGUUGUGGUGCAUAAGAAACUGCGGCCCUGCCUGCGAGACUGUUGGCAAAAACACACGGGUCUGGCUCUGCUGUGUGAAACCAUCGAGGACUGCUGGGAUCAUGAGGCUGAGGCCCGUCUGUCUGCCGGCUGCGUAGAGGAGCGCAUCGGACAAAUGCAACGCCAGGGCCCCGUCAUUGGCCCCGAGGAGAUUGUCACCGUUGUGACCAUGGUGACCAACGUGGACCUUCCACCCAAGGAGUCCAGCUUAUAAUCGCACUGACAACAGAGGAGCGCACAGAAACAUGGCUCGACACUAGGGGAUGAACAGCCAACCCUGGUUGGUUGGCGAAGUGAUUUUCAUUUUCAUUCUUUCCCUUUUUUUUUUUGUUUGUUUUUCUUCUUUAUCUCUUUGUUCCUUUAGUGCGGGCCGCUACUUACGUUCAGGAAACACACUGCGCCCACAUCACCAACAUCAGUUUUUAUCCACCUCAUAUUUGAUAUGUGUGCCUAAGGAUUUUAACGUUUUCUCACACGUCAAUUCAGGAUAUUAAGAACGACGGGAAACGUAACUGGGUGACACUUUUGAUGUGCUGGGUCGACAACACUACACUUUCAUCAUCAUGUCUUGGUUUAUAUACACAUGCACACACACACACUCACAGGAAGGUGACCUGAUGUGUGGUGUUCUAUAGAGAGAAAGGAUCUUAAAGAAGAAUUUCAAAAACCUCUCAGCACACUCUAGUGAAAUACUAAAGAAAAAAAUGGUAAAAACCCAGCUACCAGUACAUUUGCUGUUUUCUUGUGUGCUUUUUUAAAUUUUUUUUAAAGAAAUGACUAUCAUCUGCCAAUAAGCAACGGCUUCUGAAUGUUCAUAGUUUAAUGCUGCUGUACAUAGUGUAUUAUGAACUCAGACAAACUUGGUUAUCAAGCUUAUUUUAAAGGGGGUGAUUGGGACGGAAGGGGAGGGAAGAGUCCAUUUUCAAGCAUCACAGUGGAUUUACAAAAAAAAACGAAAAAAACCCAUAAACCUCCUUCAACCAGGUAUACCUCAGUUUUGGACGGACACAGUCAUCCUUCAACCAUCACCACCCUUCAUGGUAAAAUCUCUGUCGUCUGCCUUUGCUCCGUAACGCUCAUUGGACAAAUCAGAGACACGUGCACGGCCCGUUCUGCAAAAGUCAUGCUCCCUUUUCUGAUGCCACAUGAAUUUUGGACUUUCUACUCCUACGUUUGUUUGAAAUGUUCUUCCUGCGAUGGAAAAAAAAAAUACACACAGAGACAUACAAGCGGCCUGUGAUGAACUCGUUUUUAAAGUAAUUUUAUUUUCCCUCUUUGGUUUGCUGUGUCAACUGUCAAAAGGAAUUAUAUCUAUCACUGGCAAGUUUAAUGUUGGCCAUAAAACCUGGAUAUAUCUAUAUUAUAUGUAUUUAUGUCUCUCUGUGUGCUGGGUACCAACUAUUGAUACUUCUUCUGUGGAAAGCACCAAAUCAGGAGGUAUUCAAACACUUGGAGAUUGUCAGACUCUUGAAGCCGGUUCCUAUUGUUAUAAUUUUAUUUGUUGAAAUCACAUGUCUGGUCUGAUUCUAUUUAGAAAAAAGUAGAUAAAAAAAUCAGCCAACAUGUUUUCAUUUUGGAAAGUAAUUAGAUUAAGUAAGUGCAUAUUUGAGGGCAGUUCUGGGCCACCCUGCCCUUCUCUGGAACUGCACCUGUAUUUAGCUAAACCAGCUUGCUUUUGAUUUGAUUGCACAAAAUGUUUUGUUGUUUGAUCACUAAAAGAGCUGUUGCUCUCUUCUGACACACCUCAGGAAUCUUUGCUACUUGCCACACAUCUCCACCUUUUUUCUGCCCAUACUCACCUAUCUUUGACCGUAUUUUCCCAAUGAUUCCUAAACCUGUCACCUUCUUGCCUCGUAUCGACUCGUAAGGUCUUAGCCAUGCAGUUUCAGAAACAGUCCCCGUGGACCUACAUCACUGGACUGAAGACAACACGGUUGUUGCCCCAUGUGUUUUACCAUCUCCACAAGCCAGAAAUGUCUAUUCUGGACAGUGCUUGUCUACUAAAACCAGUCUUUCUACAGUUUUCAAAGUUACUGCCCUAUAUAUUUCACAUUCAAUUUGCCUGUGUUGGCAGACGGGCGUCGGACAUCUGGGGUUGUUUGUUUCCUUUAUGUUCCUGUACAAAAAAAAACUUCUCAGAGUCUCCUAGCUCAGAGUUGCUAGGUGGACAUGUGUACAAAAUAUGCAUUUUGUAAAAAAAAAAAUUAAGCCACAAUAUUGUUUAAGUCAUCAGAUCCAAAAAAUGUGUGUAUUUAAGAAAGAUAUUCUCACAUCAAUGACAGUAAUGGUUGUAGAAACUUGCUGACACCAAAAUCUCAAAACUGCAGUUUUCUGAUGGAGACCAUCUUUUUCUCCCUCUGUCAUCUUGGUGCCAUUUCUGUGUAUCAACAAUAGUAACUCUCAUGGAUGUCAGGCAAAACGGAUGUAUUUGUCAUUGUUGUGAAGGUAGCAAUGGCAUUUUUGAGUCCUCCUUGUAUUUCUCUGCGGGACACUGAACAAUGGUGCCGGCAAACCUGCAGUAUCUCCUCAAGCUUUGGGACGGUUUUACAGCUCAGUGUUUAAAAAUCAAGCAUCUAAAAUUAGACUCUCUGUGGGGGAAAGAUUUCAAAAAGGCAAUGUAGAAUCAGAGGUGUGCGAUAUGUCAUUGGUCUUACCAUAGCACAAAUUAGUCAAAACUUCACCACAUUUUUAUCCACUGCUAAUUUUUUUUACUUCAAAAACGGCUAUCUAAAGCACUCAAUACUCAGCUGUCAGUCUUUUUUUUUUUUUUUACCGCAAUCCCCUUUAGCCCUUCAAGAAAAUCUACCUCAUGAAAAAUAAUUUUUCUGGGUGGGGUAGAAAGUGUUGCAAUAAUAGCUGUACAUUCAUUAGAGGCCUGUCCAGGAGAAGGUCAAAUUAAAUUGUUCAAAUUUGGCUCAAGUUUAAAAAGUAGGACGAUUCUUCACAUGCUGACUGACGAAUACACCAGUGUUAGCCUUUUAUCCCAAUAGUAUCUGACGUCCAAAAAAUAAAAAUAUCUAUAUAUAUAUAUUUCCACCACAGUAUUCAGCAGCCAAUUGUGUUGUGCUUUUGUUGUUUCCUGCCAAUAUAUCUGGUAGGGUUUCAAAUCUACCAGCUACAACUAGAAAAAGAGUGCCAGAACUUACAGUAUUGGUCUACAGUAUGCUGGUAUUUAGUCUAGUUUUCCGUGCGUCACCACCUCCCCUGCAAGUGGUGCUGAAAACCUUCUUUCUAUGCCUCAUUUCUUGAGUUUCGGUUUGUUUACUAGUUAGGUAUCGGACUUUCUUCCCUGUUCCUUCCACAUUCCAAAUAGAAGCAGAUGGUGUAAAUUGUUCAGUCUAAAUUGAUCAUGUGAUGUGGUUGGUAGUGUGAGGGCCUGUGAUGAACUGGUAAACUGCCCACCGUUAACCAUGCAUUCCCAAAUGACUGCUUGGAUUGGCUUGCUUCCCUCAUAAUCCAUGAUGUUGGGUACACCCAAACUUUGGAUUUACCCAGAUUCUAGGCUGGAAAGGCAUGGAAACAGUAAUGACACUAUUUAAGAAUUUUCUGCAGCUUAAUUUUUAAACUGCAUCUGUGAAACCGUCCCGAAUCGCCUAAAAAUAUCAUUCAGGGAUUCAGUACUAUGCUUUUCUACGUUCUAGAGAGUUAUAUGCAACCGGUGCCGCAAACUACCCUACACUUCUGUAGGAACAGCUACAGCAGUGUCAUUCAAUUUACACACAAUCAAAAACCUUGUAGCAUUUUACUUUUUUUUUAUCCUUGAUCUUCAUAUUGAUAUGUUGUAUUUAUUUUUCAAUUUACAGGCCUAUGGAUUUGGGGGAUCAGAGUUUCGGUGCAAACUGGAAACAAUGGAGUUGGCACGACUGGGGUUGUUUUCAGUUGGACAGUGUUGGGGUUGUUGUUUUUAUUUGACUUUUUUGGGGGGCGGGCGGGUUAAUUCAGGAAACACUUUGAGUAACUCUAAAAAGAUAUAAACUGUAACAUGCUUCUUUCUACUCAGUCUACAUGGACCGAGAAUGAAUGUUCUUCAGACUCCUGGAUUCCAGUAUUAUGUGCAUACUUUGAUGGAUUGAGCCCAGCCCUAUGUAAUGUUAGAGGGCUUUGGAUUCUGUCUGGUUUUGUGUGAUGGUGCCCCCUGUUGGCAUAGAAAGAACAGUUUUUAAAAAAAACCCAGCACAUUUGGAAAUUCACCCAUUCUCUGCUUAUUUGGACUUUUAGUUACCCCCUCAGGACAUCGGCAUCUUCAAUACAAACCUUUUCUGACUUGACGACAGCAAAACUAUCUUGUCACUGACGUGUUGUCAAAAGGUGCAUGAACGGGUUCUGGAUGUGCAGGCUUGUUAUUUCUCCUGUUUUAUUUUUUUAUUUUUUAUGUUUUAUUAUCUCCACCUCCUGCAGCCCAGCAUCUCACAUUGCUGUGCAUAUAAACUACCAGUGGAAUGUUUGUGUCUUGUUGUCCCCACCUCCCCCCACCCUUACUCUCUGCCCUCACUAUUUUAAGCAGUCAUGGAUCUGUACAGACAUGACAACAUAAAUACUUGUAUCAACUAUAUACUCUGAGCUGAAUCUUUGUAUAGGUGCGUGUUGAACUUCAGUGUUCCUCUACAUUCGUGUAUAAACUUUUUCUUGUGUUUCGACUCAGCAUCAGCAGGGACUCUGGCCCUCGGCUGCUUGAUCAUUUUCCAGCAUUAUGCCGUUAAGGGGACAAAUAAUGCGUAGAGUUUCAUAUAAGCUGAAAGCUAGAAGCUCAGCCAUGUUGGAAAAAAGAACGAUAGCACUUAAAGAUUGGGCCUGUGGUGUUCUGCAAGAAAUCUGUUGGGGCCCACUGAUGGUUGCAGUUUUUUUGAAAACUAAAGCUUGUUUCAGGGUUUUAUUUGCAAUACUCCAUCUGUGACAUAAAACAAUCUUCUACUAAAGUUUUUCCCCCCUUCAUUCCAUCAUCUGAAACCUUUUUGCCACCAUUGUUGGGUAGAUCUUCAGAGGAAACACUGAUCUGCAGUGACCUACAACCAAGACUGUUUUGGCAGCAGGUCUGGGUCCCAGGCCUGAAGUUUCUACAAAAGAUAAAGAACACUAAUGCAUUUUGGACCCCACAUUUAUCAAGGUUUAUUUUUAAGUUGCAUCCCUAAGUCCAGGAUGUGGCACAGUAACUGCCACUGGUAAUGAUGUUCAUAGGGUUUCUGGUUUUCAAGGUCAUAAGAAACUGUUUUAAAGAGAAAAAAAACAAACUAUUUUCCACUCCUCAUACUUGUGACAUUAUGUGUUACGUUACUAACAAAUGUGAAAAUGGGACAACGAGGUCUGGAAUUUCAACCUAGAGAAAAACAAAAAUGUGAUUUUUCUUCUUUUCCUAUAGGGAAAAAAACUAAAGAAGAAAACCUUUAGAAACCCUGGACAUGUUAUCAUAGUAGACAGAACUGAUCCCUGAUCAGUGCUGUGAUUCCAAAUGCUAAUUUUAACCGGCCAUCGUUUUUAUCAGCUGAAGAGAUCCAUUUGAUGUAAAUAAAUGUGUUUUUAGAUUGUGAAA